CAGAAGUCAGGUCAGGGAAAGACCAUUUCACCCACGUCUGCUGGGGAAAGACAAACCUGCAGUUAGGAAAAGGGACUGGGCACCGGAUCUGCAUUCCCAGAAGCUGGGAAAAUCUGAGACUGAGUUUUUAAACUAGCAGCUCUUUUACCAUCUCUGUUUCUGCACAGCCCCUCUCCACAUUAGCUUCCUUACCACUCUUAUCUGCUCUUGCAGGAUUUUGGGGCUGUUUUUUACUUUUGUAUUUUUUCCCGGUUUUCUAGGGAAAGAAAACCUGUUCUCUAGAGGGGAUGUGGAUGUGGUUGGUCUGGUCAUAAGUGGUUUCAGAAGAUCUCAUUGGAUCAGAACUAGGUUUUUGGGCUGGGUUAAUUCCAGCGUGGGUCAGGUCUUGACGCUAGAUGUUGUGCCAGACUGUAUGCUGUCUCGUGUUUGUGUGGCUGCUCCCCGCCUCAGCUGCACAGAGCUGCACAGAAACCCCCUCAGUGAAGAACAGCAUAUCUGUGGCAGAGGAGGUGGAAGGACAGGUGCUGGAGACUUACUUUUGUAUCACAGGCUACCACCUACAAGGAAAGAAUAGCUUUGUUUGCAACGGCUCUGAGCAGUGGGCGGCCUCCACCGCUCAGUGCCACUUGGGCCACUGUCCUGACCCUGUGUUGGAGAACGGCGAGUUCAGUUCUUCAGGUCCUGUGGAUGUAGGCGACACAGUCACAUUUACGUGCAGUGACCACUACGUCCUCAAGGGCAGCGCCUGGAGUCGCUGCCUGGAGGACCACGGCUGGGCACCUCCCAUCCCCACCUGCAGAAGCAGAAACUGUGGCCCUCCGGAGAAGCCAGCUCACGGCUACUUCAAAGGAGCGAAUUUCACCUCAGGGUCCACCGUCAGGUACUACUGUGAGAAGAGGGUGCUGAGACCUGCCUGCUGCGGAGAACCGGGCCGGGUCUCAUCCGCCCCGCUAACCGCCCACCACCGUGUCCAGCGGCAGUGCGCGGACGGGGAGUGGGACAGCGCCCCGCCGGCCUGCGAGCGGAUCCCCCCGACUGGCCUUGAAGAAGCAUUUCUUGCCUUUCAGCAGAGCGAGGACCUGUGCGGUGCCACCGAGAACUUUAUGAAGAGAGUAAAGGAAAAUGGCUUAACAAUGGAGGAGCUGAAAUACUCGCUGGAGGUUAAGAAAGCUGAGCUGAUGGCAAAAAUGUCGGCAGAACAGCACAGUGGGGAAGACUGGUGACAGAAAUGCUCUCACAAAUACAUUUUCCUCUUGGUUCUGAAA